AUGGAUCAGAAGGCGACAUCUGAGAUAAUUGAGAAUCUACGGGAGGCCUUGCAAUUGCAGUUGACACGCAGUAGCAAGGCAGAGGCAAAAGCUCGAGAGCUGGAACUAUCCCUGUGGAAAGAAAGAGAUGAAGUCCACAAAGUGCAAGCCUCAAGAGACGAACUUAGGGACCAACUGGAGCAGACACUUGAGGAGAAGUACUCUAGCAUGAAGGUGGCCGUUCACAUUCAGAAAGAACGUGAACUAGCAGAAAAGGCCCGGAAAGAGGUAGAAUUGGCCAGAGGCGACUAUGUCCGGAAGAGAGAGGAAUCGAACGACAAGGUCCUAAGCAUUUUGCGAGAGCAGCAGGAAACCAAGAUGUCUGAGGCGGCGCUCACGAUCAAGGUCCAAGAACUCCAGAAACAGUUGCACGAAGAGCAAAUAACCGUCGCCGACACUGAAGUCAGGUCGACGCAAGUCCAGGAAAAAAUCAUCCGUAAAGAGUACCAAUUUAGCAACGCUUCCCGUGAGCAUGAAGCUGCUCUCGCAGGCAAAGAUGAGAAGAUUUCCGAGACUGUUGCUGAAAUCGGGCAGCACAAGACGGAGAUCUCAGUCCAACAGUCAGAAAUCAUGUCAAUAAGCGAGCGGGUCACUGAGCUCGAGACCGACAUCGAAGUACUCCGUGAAGAGCGACACGAGCUCACGACCCGAUUUACAGAAAGGAAAAGUAAACUGAUACAGGCGGAACAACAGCGGAAGUCCUCGCGACAAAAGGUAGCGGAAUUGAGAGAGCAGCUCGGAAAGGUGGAAUAUGACAAAACAACUCUGCAGGAGCAGCUGGAUUUGUCACUGCAAAAGGAGCAGUCAUUACGAACCGAGCUUCAAUCGUUGGCGGCUGAAAAGUCAACCCUAGCACUUCUGCUACAAUCUGCACAAGAGAAAGAGAAAUCACUACAAGAGCAGCUGGAAGUGGGCUGGAAGGACCAGCUGGGAACAGAGCGGACACUCCUGCGUCAACUUCAAGAAUCUCAGGAGCUGGCAGCAGGACUUCAGAUCAAAUCGAACAGCUAUCUUGAAGAAUUGGAGAGACUGCGUCCGGAAGCAGAGAAAGCUCGUUCAGAGUUGAACGAGGCUGAAAAGCAACUCACAAAAAUUCGUCAAGAUCUGAAGUGGACGCAAGAUACAGUGAGCUCGCGCAACGAUGAUAUUGAACGAAUAAAAAACCAGCUGCAAGAAUGCCACCAAAACCACGAUAACAUCAGAAAACAGUCGGCCGAUGACCGCCAGAAUUAUGAGUUAACCAAGAAAGACUUGGCCGUGGCUCGCGAGAAAGCCGCCGAGCUUGGUGUGAAGAAUCAAGAUCUUGAAAGAGACCUCAAGAAGGCCAAGUCGGACUGCACAGAUGCCAUGGCAAACGGGAGAGUCCUGAAAGAGAAAGUGACGACUGCGGAGUUUGAUACCCAUCGUUCCAACGAGCGCAGCAAAGCUCUCUUGACGGAGCGCGAUGCGGCACAAACAGAUCUAUCGCAUUGGCGAAAGGUCUUCCUCUAUGGCUUUCAGCCGCCAGACGCUCUCAACCAUAUCCUACCUCUGGUCUCCGAGGCGAUCGACAAGAGUCGCAACUCUGGGUUCGAUGUCGGCUUCAUCCAGGACGCUGUGGCUAGGUGGCUCAAGGAGAUUUCCGCGCCGGCACAAGUUCCACCCAUGCUCUAUGCAACGCCAUUCGCAUGCUGCUUGUUCACUUCGGCACUGGUUCUGCCAGAGAGCUUGGGACUUGCCACCAUCACAACUUUUGGUUAA